AAAUAUUGCAUGCGUGAAAAUGGAUUAUUUAAGUUCGGAGUCGAGCUUCUCGUCUGAGCCGUUACUGAGUCGUAGUAAUUCAGUAGAUAGCGAGCACAUGUCCUCUAGUGGUUCAGAUACCCAGGAAUAUGUUGUGUCCUUGAUUCCAUUCCUAGAAGAUAAGAAUUAUUCGCCAUUUCUGAUGAGAAAAUCGCCAACAAGCUUCACAUCAUAUCGUUAUCACACUGACGAGGAAGAUUCCACCAUGCAUUUAGAUUACCCGCCCACCAAGCCUUUUAUCAACGAUGACUACGAGAGACCUCCGUAUAAGCCGGUCAGUUCUUAUCCGGAAGGAAACCGAAAAGCUGUGAUAAGUGCCCUCAGGAAUCUUCAAGGAAAAAUACAUCAGUUGGAGGUGGAACGUACCGCUGCCGAGGAUAACCUCAAAUCCCUCGCUUCCGAAACUAAUAAAUAUAAAGAUAUCCUCGAGAGAGAUAGUGAAACUAAAAAACCUGCUCAAACUACUGUCUCAAAGCAUAAUCAAGAGUUAGAAUCUCAGUUAUCGGCAGCGGAGACCAGAUGUAAUUUAUUGGAGAAACAAUUGGAGUACAUGAAAAACAUGGUAGUGUCAAACACAGAGAGAGACCGGGUAGAGGCCUUCAGGAAGAGUCGAGAGCUUGAGACCUCGCCGGACCCCAUGGAGGAGCAUUCCUCCGGUUUUCAAAAUAACCUCCGUAAAAUAGCCGACCUUGAACGAGAGCAUAUUAAAUUAACAGCCAACCAGUCAUUGGCUGAGAGUAAAAUUCGUGAGUUAGAGGAGAAACUUGGGGACGAACGGCACCAUCGAAAACUCAUUGUAGAAAAAGCUGCUGAGAUUGAGUCAGUGCAAAAAGCCAACAGGAUCCUCCAGGAGGCUGAUGAUGUGGUAGAAUGUAAAACACAACAGAAAAGCAAGCGUCCAGUGAAAAAGAAGAAAAAGGUAGUGAGCAGGAAAACUGGACACAGUCACAAACCAGAUCCUUCCAAACAUUACAGAUUAAACCUGGCAGACAUUCCAUUUGUUGCUGGAAAGAACACUGGUCCCAGUCAUUCCGUAGGUGCCAAUGUGCAGCGAGUAUUUUCAUUAAUGAAGAAUCACAACAUGGCGCUAUGUUCACAUGCCUCGUACCCCGUGAGUACGUGCCAGCAGACGAGUCCAUCAUCAUCAGGAACCACGACUCCGUCGACGGAGACCGAUCUCGCUGAAAUACUCCUACAGCUUCAAGACGAGUUCCAUCAAAUGAGUUUUGAACAUCAAGAAUUUUCGAAGGAGAUAAGUGAGGCGUCAGAUCCACGUGUCCGGGAAGAUUUAGAGAGGGAAUUAGAUGCUCUAGUAACUAGAAUGGAAGCCAAAAGUUUACAAAUCUCAAAAAUUAGAAAACAUCAAGAAAAGAUAGCACAUAAAAAGAAGAAAAAAUCCAGGAAAAUAGAUAAUGAUGAAUUUUCUACUCCAAGAUCCAAAUCUGCCCAUGGAACAUGUGUACGAGCCAGUCCCUCUCCACGAUAUAAUGGAGAGGUGGAGGUCACAACAACGAUAAAACCUCGAGGUUGUGGCACAGGCGUAGUACAGAUAAGGCCAACUAGUGCACGAGAAAUAUCACUCAAUGUUUUAAAGGACAUGAAAAAAUUGCAAUCAACUCUUCGGAAAGAUGACUUAAGUUGGAAAUAGCCUAAAACACACAUAAUUAUUUAUAACAAAUUGAUGCCAAGUUUACAGUUUACUGUGUAAAGUUUUGUCAGCCUUUGGGAAUGUUUGCAACUGUGAAGAAAUUGUGAACAUACCAUUGCAUUGUGCUAUGUAUGAUCAGGGAUGUUUUUUGACUGUUACCUUUUGUUGCAAACUGUGCUUUCAAGUUGCUAAGUAAGUAGUCUGUGAUAUUAUGUGAAACAGAAGUACUGCUUUUUAUAAAUUUUAAAUUUUAGGAAAUACUUUCCUCUAAGAUACCAGGAGAGUUAGGUUGAAAAUUCAAAAUGAAGUACUUAUUUAAAAAGAAAGUAAGUCCUUGAAAAAUAUUUAUCUUUUUUCCAAUGGAAUCGUUAAAUCCCAUGUAUUCAAUGAAUAGUGUAUAGUUUGCACUCCAGAUUGAAGGCGAAUUUCAUUUCAUAGUUUGAAAUUCUUACAAUUAUUAAUAUAAUUGAUCUAAAUGAUUUUUUGAAUUAUCAUUACAAACAUUUCGUUACUUAGAAUUUUGAGAAAGGCAUUUAUAUUCUGAUUAAUAAUUUUGAUUGGCUUAUGUGAAGGAGAUUUCAAUGUAAAUGUGAAUUGAUAUUAUUUAUUUCCAUUAAUUGUUGUGUCAUCAUAUUGUAAAAUUUGUCGGUAUGUCUAAAUCAAAACUUGCUUCUGAAAGAGUUCAUUUUGAAAAGUUUCAUUGAUUAUCAUCAAUUAAGGUGCAAGGCAGGUAACUCUAACUAUAAAUGAAAAGUUAUUCUUUACUUGACUGUGCUUGUACAUGAGAGAGAAACUAGUUAAGAUAUUAGAUCAGAAGAUUUUAUUUUUUUUUCACAAAAAGAAAAGUGUCAAAAAUUGUUAUUUUCUUUUUUAUCAAAUUAAUCUUUUAAGUAUUAAAAACAUAUUUAAACAUCAUUAUAGUAGUGUAGCUUUUGAAAAUAUAUACAGAUUUACAGAAGACCAGUUCAGCAUUGCUUACAUUGUCAUUCCAAAUUUCUUCCAAAUAUUCACAUUAAAAUGCCUAAGGUUCAGUAUUGAAAGUGUAUCAAGAGUCUAAUGAAAUAAUUGGUCAAAAACUUUCUGAAAUAAAGAAGGCAAGAAAAGAAGAUUUAAUCUUCAGUGUAAAAUUAACACCAUUUGAUUUUAAUAGACAUAAAAUACCUAUAUCAAAUUGAUAAUUUUACUACACAGAAUUAAAACACUUGUUAAAUUGUGGAAACUUCACUUUGUUUGGAUAAAAAUGGUAUAAUUUCAGUAAACAUUUAGUAGUCUCUGUAACUGGUGGUUAAUAUAUUUUUUUUCAAAUUUGAAAAAUCUUAUUAUUCUAUUUAAAGCAUAAUUAUACUUUAUCAAUAAAUCUUGUGAUAAGUACCUCAGUAAAUUACACUUCUUGCCAUGACAUGUACUAACAAAUUUAUGAAAAAGCUUUAUGUUCCCUGUUUGUGACCAGUGGUUUUAUUAACAUCCCUGUGUAACAAUUUAUUUUUUGAAAUUUGGACACCUCAUGCCCCAAAAAACAAUUUUACAUUUUGUUAGAAAAUAUGAAAAAAAGAUGUAAAUUAUAAGUAGAAUUAGAUAGAUCUUACCCACAAGUAGCAAAUAUUUAAAAUGCACAUUUAAGUAUGAUGUAUACUUUAGACAAUGGCUAUGGAUAAAUUUGACAUGGGCACCAUUGUCUAUUGCAUAUCUGCAAUAUUUGUUCCUAAAUCGUCUUUAAUAAUUACUGUCGAUUUAAUAUUUUCUAAUGUCAACAUCAUGCAGCACGCCUCCAGAUUAAUGCUCAUUUUCAUGAAAUUAUUAAAAAUGAAUUUUGAAAGUAGAAUAUUGUCAGAUAAACAAAGGAAGUCAUUUGAACAUCGCAAUCAGGACGUAAAUCUACAAAAACUACCAAAAAAUAUCAGAAUAUGGAAAACUUUUCUUAAAAUCUUUGUAUAUUUUUCUCUCAAUUUUGAUUUUUGCUCAUCUGGAAGCAUGCAGCUUGAACUUUCUCUGAUACUUAAACAAAAGUCAGGAAAGUAUAAGAGUAACACCAAGUCAACGCCUAAUAGGUAAAAAUAAUUUAUAAUGUCUAUUUGGAUCAUUAGAAUGAUCUUUUCUAAUACUUAUUAAAGUCAUCACUUGUUUUUCCUGUUUUCAGUCCUGUCCUAUAUAUUACCUUUUGUUGUAAAUUUCCACUUUUGUUCUCUCUCUAGUAUGGUGCAUGUUUAUAGCACUUGUCUGUGAUAUUUAGUUUAGCUAAUACAAUUGUUUUCAUUGGCCAUUAUUUUACAUGAGAUCUUCAUUUUGAUUGGUUGAUUCUCUGUGUGUGUGUGUUUUGUCUACAUAUAUGUCUGUCAUUAUGUACAUAUUAUAUUUAUGCACUAAAAAAUCAUGUAAUAAAAUGUUAAUUGGAGACAUAA